AUGGACAUAACGGAACGAGCGGUUUAUCGUGGGCAGUUAACGAAAUUAACACAUAGUGCGUCCGAAUAUUUAAACAGCUCAGAUUCCAAAAGUGAUAAAACGGAAGACAUUGAUCUUAUUGAAGACGAACUUGUGAGCUUUAUCGAACGCAUAAAUUCAGUUUUGGGUACGUUACGAAAAUGCAAUGAUGAAAUUCGACCUUCUAUAAAGCUAGAAAAUGCCCAGAAAGAAUUUGAAACGAUUUACGAGUAUGAGGAUAAAGCCGCGAACAUUUUAUCGCACCUAAACCAGAGACUUAAACGGUUACGAAAAUGCUGCGAUAAUCUUGACACUUCAUUAUCAUCUAGCCUAAGUAUUGAACGAAAAAAGGAGCACACAUUUAGCUCUGCUAAAUUGCCAAAACUUUCGUUAAAAGUUUUCAGUGGUCAUUUUCAUGAGUGGCUCCCUUUCAGGGAACGCUUUCGUGUAGCGGUUCAUGACCGAACGGAUUUAACCGGUGCUGAUAAAUUUAAUUAUUUUUCAAAUCAUUUGGUUGGCAAGGCGGCAGAUACAAUUGCUGGUUUUACACCAACAAACGCCAACUAUGAUUCGGCUGUUUCGUUGUUGCUGGAACAGUAUGGAAACGUCGAUAAGCUCGUCGAUCAUACGAUGCAGCAGCUGAUGAACCUUUCUCGAAUAAACUCUCGUCAUGACGUGACAAAAUUGAGGAAAUUAUACACAGACAUAAGAGCCCAUACAAGGUCACUUACCGCACUUAAUGUUCUAUCGUCACAAUACUCUAUAAUGCUGAGAAGUUUAAUUCUGCAUUGUUUGCCUCAUGAUUUAGUGAUCGAUUUUCAUAGGCUACAUCCGAGUAAGCAAGAUAAGGCUGCACGUUCAAUCGAAGACGAAAAUGCAUCACUAUCGGUGGGUACUAGCGAGCACAGUAGUUGUGGUGGUGAUCAGCUAAAUGAUAUUCUGUCAUUUAUUAAAGAAGAGAUCUCCUCUCUCGAAAUGGCCGAGCUGACAAAUGGCCGGAGAACGAGAACAUCAAAAGUCGCAAAUACAUGUAAAACGGCUGCCGGGUUACUCACCACUACGAACAUAGCUGAGCUUUGCUGCUUUUGCAAAUCAAACAGUCAUUUAACGGAAAAUUGCAAAACGACGUUAUCGCUUGCAGAGAAGAAGACAAUUUUGAAAAGCAUGGGGUAUUGCUUUAAAUGCACCAAAAAGGGACACAAUGCUAAGCGAUGCUUCAAUAAACGUGUAAAGUGUUCUCUUUGUGGAAGUAAUCAUGCUACGUCUAUGCAUGACCCAACAUACCGACCUAAAGCUAAAAAUACAACAACAGUACGAAUAACAACGGUGUAUGCAUCAGCUUUACUGCAAACAGAAGAGGUACUUCUUCAAACGGCUACUAUUAUAGCUUCGAGUAAUUCAAGUUCUGUGCCAGUACGAAUAAUUCUAGGUGGUGGCUCGCAGCGUACGUUUGUCAAAGAAAACAUUGUAACGAAACUACAACUCGACACACAUGAUACCGUUAAGCUACGUAUUUUACCAUUUGGAGAUUCGAAUAACUCUGAGCCAAAGCUCUUUAAACGCGUUCAAAUUAAACUACGUAGUUUACAUUCAGACGAGGCGAUCGAAAUCCUGGCUAUAGUCGUGCCAGAAAUUUGCUCUACUGCAUUCCAGUAUGUUCGUAGCACAGAAUUGAACAUCCUUGGCCUUAAGUUAGCGGAUACUUCAUAUUUAAAUGAAACGGAAUUCAAAAUCGGAAUGUUAAUAGGGGCUGAUAUUUACUGGUCCAUAGUAAAAGACGACUUCAAAAGAAUAACCGACAACCUUGUCGCCAUUGACACCAUUUUCGGAUGGACACUACAAGGACCUAUAUCGACCCAAGGCACGUCAGUAACAUCUACGAAUCUCAAUGUUGGUGUAAUUGAGGACAACUCACUUGAAUCUUUAGUUGAUCGGAUUGAACGAUUAUGGAUUGUUGACGAUAUUACAUCAAAUCAUCAUAAGCUUCAAGUGGAUGAUAUUAUCGAAAAACACAUUCGGAAAAAUGGCACGCGAUAUGAAGCAUCAUUGCUAUGGAGAAACGACGAAUGCACUAUUGAUAACAACCGCGGUGGCGCUCUCAAAGGACUUCGACGUUCAUUGGUGAAGCUUAGUGAGGAUCCGGAAAAGUUAAGGCAAUACGAUGAAAUCAUACGGGAGAUGAUUUCAAGUGGUGUUGCAGAAAUUUGCGAUGAAGCAAAAAAAACCAACGAACGGACUUAUUUUAUGCCACAUCGACCGGUGUAUCGGGAGGAAAGAGAGACCACAAAAACGCGUAUUGUGUUUAACGCAUCAGCACGAUCUGGUGGUAACCCCUCAUUAAACGACUUAUUGUGGUCAGGACCAAACCUUUUAUCAGACAUAUUAAAAAUGAUUUUGAACUUCAGGCUUGGCAAACAUGGAAUUACGGCCGAUAUCGAACGAGCUUUCUUGCAGAUAGAGCUGGCACAAAAGGAUCGAAAAGAAUCGUUUUAUGUGGAUGACCUAAUCGUAAGUGUUGACGAUUUUGAAGACGCUGUAAAAUUGUUCAACGAAACACGUGAAAUAUUGUCCAGAGCAUCCAUGAACAUACGUAAAUGGAAGUCGAACAACGAGAAACUAAGGCAAAUUUUCGAUACAAAUGAAAGCAACAAUAUUUCAAAACACAAGGUGUUAGGACUCAUAUGGUUUAUGGAAAUUGAUACCCUUGCAGUGGAUCUGGAAAGGCUUUGUCAACAGAUAUCUUUCGAUGUAGUAACGAAACGAACCAUUCUUCAAACGUUAGCAUCUGUUUAUGACCCUUUGGGAAUGUUAUCACCAUUUGUCAUAAAAAUGAAGCUCAUUUUCCAAGAGGCUUGGAAACAAAGUUUGGCAUGGGAUGAAAUUUUACCGGCAUCAAUGCUGCACGAAUGGAAGAAAAGCGUAUCCGAAAUACAUUUACUACGAGCCCUUACGAUUUCUCGCUAUGUAUUCGAUUCACCACAUCAAGUUGAGAAGCAGCUACAUAUUUUCGCGGACGCGAGUCCAAAAGCUUACGGAUCUGUUGCAUACAUCAGAAGUAGGAAUUUGGAUGAAACCAUUCGCAUUUCGUUUUUAUAUGCAAAAAGUCGACUUGCGCCUAUUCGUGACAAACGCAUAACACUACCCAAAAUUGAACUAUGUGCUGAUCUGGAAGCCGCAAGGAUGCGCUGCUAUCUUGUUGAGAAAUUAAGAGUGAAAUUCGAUUCAAUAUAUUUAUGGACCGAUUCAAAAAUUACUUUAUACUGGAUUCAUAGCAGUAAAUUCCAGAAAGAUGUAUUCGUUUACAACCGAGUUCAAGAAAUUCAGCAACUAACCGCUAACGACAACUGGAAUCAUUGCCCAGGAUCAAUCAAUCCCGCAGAUCUAUUGACUCGGGGUGUUUCUGCACAAACUCUACUGAGUUGCGAGACUUGGCUUAACGGACCGUCUUGGUUAUACAACGACAUUAGUGAGUGGCCCAUAUCCGACCAAGAUUUCGAAACUAUUCCUCAGUCGACCACUCAAUCUGACUGUGCAGUACCUGAUAAUCCAAUACAAAUUGAACGAUUCAGCAAAUACCGGAGGCUUCUUCGUGUUACAGCUUAUGUGCUUAGAUACGUUGACCUGCUUCGAAAGAGAAACGACAUUGGAGUUUCAACAGUUGAGGACGACGAUACAAUCUGA